AUGUUUGCCUCUGACUUUUUGUUCGGUAACAGCGUGGUUAAGAGAACCAAGAGUGGCACGUAUGCGCCUGUUGGUCCGGAGUACUUCGCUGGUGCAUCUGUGGCGCUGUACUUCGCUAAGAAAUCUCAUCCGAAAUGCGCGCAGAUUUUUGCCCCUCUUAGACAGUUCUAUUUGACGACGAAUGCCUGCAGCAAGUCUCCCGUUAUUGAAAUUAUCUAUGUCAGUGUGGACGAAGACGAAGAGACCUAUGAGAAGGCUCGGGAUAUGAUGCCGUGGUGUAGUGUCGAGUACAAUUCGGAAUUGCGGAAGAAUCUCAUCAGCCGCUAUCGCGUUUCUGAGGAACACCAAAUCCCCGGCAUGAGCCAGAAGACCGUCUCGACGACUCUGCCCUUGCUGCUUGUGAUCGGCCCUCACGGGGAGCAAGCGGGACGGCUCGAUCUCGAUACCCCUGAAGAAGUUUUUCUUCAGCACUGGGACUACAAAUAUAACAAGUGGCCCCUCCACGCAUAG